GCGGCGGCGAGCCGAGGGCUCCCGGCCAUGCGUGACCUUCCGCCGAGAAGAGGCGCCGCGUAGCUCCUCGGCGCAGCGCCGCAGAGUUGUCCUGAUGCCCCUGUAAAUGCACCCUGGAAUUUCCCUCGUGUGGAGGAUCUUCUGAAUCAAAAGCUUCUUUCUGCGCUUCCCCUUCCAGUUCCUUCCUUCAGGAUGGCAUCCGACAGCCCAGAGUCACUGAUGACCUUGUGCACCGAUUACUGUCUUCGCAACUUGGAGGGGACUCUCUGCUACCUGCUGGACAAUGAAACUCUCCGGCUUCACCCCGACAUCUUCUUGCCAAGCGAGAUCUGCGACAAGCUCGUCAACGAGUAUGUGGAGUUGGUGAAGACAGACAGCAUCUUUGAACCCCACGAGAGCUUCUUCACCUUGUUCUCUGAUCCACGGAGCACGAGGCUAGCUCGGAUCCACCUGCGGGAACAGAUUGUGCAGGACCAGGACCUGGAGGCCAUCAGGAAGCAGGAUCUUGUUGAGCUCUACUUGACUAACUGCGAGAAGCUGACAGCCAAGAGCCUGCAAACCUUGGUGAGCUUCAGCCACACGCUUAUCUCCCUUAGCCUCUUUGGCUGCUGUAAUAUCUUCUACGAGGAGGAGAACCCUGGAGGCUGUGAGGAUGACUGUUUGGUGAACCCCACUCGCCAGGUCUUGGUUAAGGACUUUACUUUUGAAGGCUUUAGCCGCUUGCGSUUCCUGAACCUCGGCCGCUUGAUCGAGGGGGUAAACGUGGAGACGUUGCUUCGGCCUUUGGCCUCCCUUGCAGCUCUUGAUCUCUCUGGGAUCCAGCUGAACGAUGUGGGAUUUCUGACCCAGUGGAAGGACAGUCUGGUUUCCUUAGUGCUUUACAACAUGGACCUUUCAGAGGAGCACAUCCAGGUGAUCGCACAGCUCCGUAAGCUCAGGCACUUGGAUAUCUCUCGAGACCAUCUGUCCAGUUACUACAAAUUCAAGCUGACCCGGCGAGUUCUCAACCUGUUUGUGGAAAGCUUGGUAAACCUUACUUCGCUCGAUAUCUCAGGGCACACCAUGCUGGAGAACUGCACUAUCCCAAGCAUGGAGGAGAAGAUGGGCCAGACAAGCAUCGAACCAGCAAAGAGCAGCAUUGCUCCCUUCCGGGGUCUGAAAAGACCACUCCAGUUCUUGGGCCUUUUUGAAACAUCUCUCUGCCGCCUGACACAUAUUCCAGCUUACAAGGUGAGCGGGGACAAGAAUGAAGAGCAGGUUCUGAACGCUAUUGAGGCUUACACUGAACACCGACCAGAAAUCACUUCCCGGGCCAUCAAUCUCCUUUUCGACAUUGCCCGUAUCGAGCGCUGUAGUCAGCUGCUGCGAGCGCUCCAGCUGGUGAUCACAGCCCUGAAGUGCCACAAGGAUGACAAAAACAUCCAGGUAACAGGCAGUGCAGCACUGUUUUACCUGACCAACUCCGAGUACCGCAUGGAGCAGAGCGUGAAGCUGCGGCACCAGGUCAUCCAGGUGGUCCUGAACGGCAUGGAGUCCUACCAGGAAGUCACAGUGCAGCGGAACUGCUGUCUCACACUGUGCAACUUCAGCAUCCCCGAGGAGCUGGAGUUCCAGUACCGCCGAGUCAACGAGCUGCUGCUGAACAUCCUCAACCAGAGCCGGCAGGAUGAGUCGAUCCAGCGCAUCGCCGUGCACCUGUGUAAUGCUCUGGUCUGCCAGGUGGACAAUGAUCAUAAGGAAGCCGUGGGCAAGAUGGGGUUUGUCAUGACAAUGCUAAAGCUGAUUCAGAAGAAGCUGGCUGAUAAAACGUGUGAUCAGGUGAUGGAGUUUUCCUGGAGUGCCCUCUGGAACAUCACUGAUGAGACCCCUGAUAACUGUGAGAUGUUCCUCAACUACAGUGGCAUGAAACUCUUCCUGGAGUGCUUAAAAGAAUUCCCAGAGAAACAGGAGCUGCACCGCAACAUGCUGGGCCUCCUGGGCAAUGUAGCAGAGGUGAAGGAGCUCCGCCCGCAGCUCAUGACCUCCCAGUUCAUCAGCGUGUUCAGCAACCUGUUGGAGAGCAAAGCAGAUGGGAUUGAGGUAUCCUAUAACGCCUGCGGGGUGCUCUCCCAUAUCAUGUUCGAUGGUCCAGAGGCCUGGGGCAUAUGCGAGCCGCACCGAGAAGAAGUCGUAAAAAGGAUGUGGGCAGCCAUCCAGAGCUGGGACAUCAACUCCAGAAGGAAUAUCAAUUACAGGUCAUUUGAACCAAUUCUUCGACUCCUGCCACAAGGGAUCUCUCCAGUCAGCCAGCACUGGGCAACCUGGGCACUGUUUAACCUGGUCUCUGUCUACCCUGACAAGUACUGCCCACUGCUGAUCAAAGAAGGUGGGAUUCCUCUUCUGAAGGACAUGAUUAAAAUGGUUUCAGCACGGCAGGAGACCAAGGAAAUGGCCCGGAAAGUUAUAGAGCACUGCAGUAACUUUAAGGAGGAGAACAUGGACACUUCCAGAUAGAGGCAAUCACCUAGCGCCUCUUGCCAGCACUGUAUCCAGCUUCUCUCUAAUUCACUGUAUGUAGGGAGGACUCUUGGCUGUUGGAAGGAAGCUUUAUGUGUGUGUGUGAGACCCUCAGUAGAUGAAGGUGAACAGGGGAGGGGGGAGGGACUUUUUGCACAACAAAAUGCUUUCAUUAAAUUAGUGGACUUUUUCGUUAUGAAGUUUCAGAUUGAAGUUUUGUGUGUAUGAUUUCUGUAUAAAAAAAAAAGAAAACAAAAAACGACAACUACAUUAUGUAUCUUUUAAAACUUUUUUUUUUUUAGACCACACAGAAAGCCUCAAAAGUCCAUGAGCUUGAAGAUCUAGUUGUGUGAUCGCUAGUGUGAUGUUUUUAAUUUCCCACUUUUUAGAAAAUUCCCUUUUGCUGUAUUGCAUGAGUAACGUCCUGUAAUGUCUACAAGAACACCAGUCCUGAAUUGGCCUUGGCCACCAAAUGGGGUUACAGGCAGUGAUGAGUAACUUAUUUGCUUAGAGAAUUUGGGGAAUGUGAUACCAGAGACUUAGACCAAAAGARUUGACCUUCUUAGUAAACAGAGUAAACAGGGAAGAAAGUUUUCUCAAGCCUAUUCAUUCCCAUCACAGGAUUUAUAGAAGACUCCUAUUAGUGGACGCGCUGCUAAUUCUACAUGGGUCUAUCAGAAGUAAAACAUUCCUGGUAAAGUCAAGUUCUGUUUUGUCCCCUUUGGCAGUACAGUAGGAUCUGUCACCCCAUCAAGCCUCAGAAGGCCGGGGAUGACCCCCAGAGCCCAUUGCACAUUCUUGGCAACAUUUCUCUCUAAGGGAGCCUGUACAACAAGGAACAAGGUUCAUUCAUGAAGGGCUAUACAUCUUCAUUUCGGUCCUUAACCACCUUUUUAGUUGUGUUCUAUGGGCAAGGGCUACAAAUGCCAGYGUGGUUUUCUACUCAUCAUAAUAAGCUCUAUUAGGCCCAAGGCAAGAGCAGCUUGUACCAUUUGUACAACUUCCAGUAACGGACUGGAGGGGCUUUACUCCUCUGUGGUCUGCAUUAGGGCUAGCUGUGCUCAAAGGCAAGUCAGUCUCCUUUUGCAGAAAAGUUCAGUACAGCACAAAUGCUAUAGAAGGAGGUGCUGACAUCUCCUUCUGAGACUGAGGAGUCUUCAGGCACCUUUUGGCAGGUGAUCACAAGAGAUGGCACCUCUUGUCCCACCCCAAGUGUCUUCCCCCUUUCUGAGGAACAAAAGGCCCUAUUCUUACCUGAUUCCCACCAGCACUAACCAGUGCAGUCCCGCUCACAUCAGCGGAUUUCCUCCAAUUUAUCCUUAUGCACGUGAGAGGAGAGUCCCACCGAAGUGUUCUUCACCUGUAAGACACUCCAGACUAUAGUGGCUCAAGAAGGCAAAGGCCAAAGUUUAUCUCACAGCCAGGCUCUCAACACCACAUUGUGCAGUCUACGCUUAAGAGCCGUCUGCUUGUCACAACUCUUUGGUGAUUCACAAGCCUUCCCUUGGAAGGGAUUUUUAUAUCUGGUAGCAAUGAGAGAAGACUGUGGCCAUGUGAAUUAGGACAUUUCAGGCCUCUGAAAUAGCACAGUAAAGCUCACUGCUCUCUUCCCUCGUAUACAUUGCUCUCAGAUUUGAUUCGCUGCUAUGACAGGUUCUUCUAAUGCUCAGUUAAUGCUGAGCACAUUAUAGACAGAUCCUAGAGACGCAAACUGACACUUUAAAUGACAGAACACAGCUGCCCUGCAGAGGUUUACUUUUUCUGCCAACACGGUGUUACUCAAUGUCUUUUUUUUUCAUUUUAAUCAUAUGUCAUUUGUUUUGAUAUUGUGAGAUCUGUACUUUUUCUUUAAGUAUUUUUCAAACAUAUAUAUUUUUGUGUCACUUUUGAAUUGUUUUCAUACGGUCUGCAAAACUUGACAAAUUAUACUUUUUUGCAAUCAUUUGAUUCAAAUGUAUUUUUCUCUCUUUUAUUACUGUUCCCCAAGAAUUUGUGUCUGUACAAGCUUUGAGAAAAGGAAGCCAAUUUCAAGAUCUGUUUUCCAUGUAGUGCUUGUUAAUCUUUCUCCUAGAUGAAAAACUAAAGGAGGCUGCAAAUAUUGCUGACCAGCCUCUGUAUUAGGGGAGUCAAACUUUGCUUAUUUCAUUCUCUAACUAGUGCCAUCUUUUUCAAGUUGCCUCCUGUGGCAGUGCCCACCAGGCUUGCUUCUUUUUAAUGCCCAUGUAGUGAAAGCUGCCACUACUGAAAUCUUAAAUCAAGUGAGAGAAGCACGGGGGAUUGUGAUUGUGCUGGUGAGGUGGGAGUGGAGCAGAAGGGACACAUCACAAAUGGGACAGGUAUGAGAAACCCGUGUGCCCAGCAUGCAGCUACCAUGACUGGGAGCCAACUGGAGCUCAAGAGUUCUCAGCUAGAGCAGAAUUCAACUUUGCACUGUAACUAGGGCCAAGCAAUGAGGUUUCACCCUCAGUUUUUGGCAAAACUGCACCAAGGUUAACGAACAAAAGAUGACUUGGUUGUGUCCAGAUUGGGAUUUACAGGCAUGAGGAGGUUGAGUUUCUUCACACUUGCACCCCUGUAAUUUCAGGCCUUAUUGAAGUACCCCAAACUAAUUAGUUGCAAGCUGCAUAACACAUUUGUUUCACUAUGUAUAGAUAAACUCAAUUCUAAAUGCUCACAUGUCAUCAGGCAAAUCCUGAUGAGUAAGAAUGCUGUACCUUAAUGAGAAUAAAAAGCAACAUGGAAAUUCCUGCAAUCAGAUAGCCCAGCCUGCCAGAAAUGCUUGGCUUUGUGAAGUGUGUCUCUGCUCCCAGGGGGAAGGAGGACUUGCCACAAAGUGAUCUCUAACAGCUACUACACAUGAGCUUUUCAGCCAAGCUACCAGCAAGAUAAAUUACAGAGACAGCAUUAGGAAAAAAAAAGAGCAUCCCUGUCGGUGUAAUAAGAGCUUUGGCUACAAGUUCCUAUUUCUUCAAGCCAGAGUUCUGUGAGGUGGAAAGUAACACUUUCCUUUCACUGAAGAGCAAAAGAAAGAAAGAGUCUCUCAAAUAUCUCAAUGUAAUUCCAGAAUGCCUGUGAUUUGGAGUUUGAAACUGUAUCUCACUUUCCCUAAUUGUGAAACAAGAAGGGCUUUUGAACCCUAGACUUUACGCUUGUGCCAUGACCUGAAGCACUUUUAGGAGGCAAAUUGGAGCUAAGGAAUUGCUGCUGUGGAUACAAUGCUGAGGACAGAACAGGACAAUUGCCUUCAGACAUCGAAUCAAUACUCUGCAAAGGAGAGGAAAGUGGCUGAUUCUCACAAAAGUCUUACAUGAAAAGGGGAAGAUGGAUACCCUGAAAUGCUCAACSAGUUACCCAGAAGCUUCUCAGUCCUUCCAGCUUCGCUGGAGCAAAAGAAUGAACCAGGAGACUUAACUGCAUAGGGAGCAUGAAAGAGCAAAGGACCAAUCAUUCCCAUCAGCGAUCUGGAAUGGGGUUAUAUCUACCAAAUGAAAAUCAGGCCCAAGAGUAGUUCAUAAUAUGGUAAGAUACAGCAGAGGGACAACUUGUAUUCUGAAGUUGUCCCCUUCACACACUUACACUUUCAUGUUUUCACUCUUACAUUUCAUUUAAUAUUCAAUAGCUUGACAAGCAGAGCAUGAGCACAACUCAGUACUACUCUGCAGAGACUGGGCCAACAAAGGGAGCCUCUACCUUGACUGUAAGUAGUUUCCUUCCUGGCUGGAGGAUGUCUCCUGGUGUCKGUGGCCCAGGUCAGUGUAUAUCAGGUGUUUGCCAUUUUCUCUGAAACAGAUAAAAGAACAAGCUGGUGCUUCCCUUUUACAAAAUCUGUGGAAGGAACUGUGUAUAAAGUCUGGCAUCUACAUGUAUGAUGCUUAACACCAAGAAGUACCAGACUUGCUCAUCUGGACCAAGUCAAGGUUUAGGAAUAAAGGCUAUGGCUCUUUGUAACACUACAGAUCUGUCC